CACGGAUUUGGGAGAUGGUGCCUAGCUGGGUAAGCUCUCGUCGCAGGCUGGUUGGCUGCGAGAGGCAGUCACGAAAAGCCGCCUCCUUUGCAAAAGCUGCGGAGGGCUGUGAUUGGCGUGCGCAGCUGGGGGGACCGGAUCGGGCUUGCAGAGACUGCCAGCGAGAGGGGCAGGCGGGGAAGGAGAGCCGGCCAGGGCAGUCCGAGUCCCGGUGAAGAAGGCGGAGGAACUGGGAGAGUGAUGGCUUCGUCUCACCCCGUCGGUGCCGCAGCGGUAGCGGGCAUGGGGCGGUAAGAAGCCUAGGGGCGGCAGGGGGAACCCAUGCCAGCCAUGUUGUCCAGGAAAGGGAUUAUUCCGGAGGAAUACGUGCUGACCCGGUUGGCAGAGGAUGUCCCCGAUCACCCUCGCUACCGCGCUCGGGAGAGGAGGGCCCGGUUCGUGGGCAAGAACGGCACGUGCAAUGUGGCUCACAAGAACAUCCGGGAGCAGGGCCGCUUCCUGCAGGACGUCUUCACCACGCUGGUGGACCUGAAGUGGCCCCACACGCUGAUCAUCUUCACCAUGUCCUUCCUGUGCAGCUGGCUGCUCUUCGCCAUGGUCUGGUGGCUCAUCGCCUUUGCCCACGGGGACCUGGACCAGAGCACCCAGCAGCUCCUGGGCGCCCCGGCGGUGGAGUUCGUGCCCUGCGUGACUGAAAUCCGUUCCUUCACCUCGGCGUUCCUCUUCUCCAUCGAGGUGCAGGUGACCAUCGGUUUUGGGGGCCGCAUGAUGACCGAGGAGUGCCCCGCCGCCAUCCUCAUCCUCAUCGUGCAGAACAUCGUCGGGCUGGUGAUCAACGCCAUCAUGCUGGGCUGUAUCUUCAUGAAGACCGCCCAGGCGCACCGUCGUGCGGAGACGCUCAUCUUCAGCAAGCACGCCGUGAUCGCCCUCCGAGAGGGCAAGCUGUGCUUCAUGCUGCGCGUCGGCGAUCUGCGCAAGAGCAUGAUCAUCAGCGCCACCAUCUGCAUGCAAGUGGUGAGGAAGACCGCCACCCCGGAGGGUGAAGUGGUGCCCCUCAACCAGAUAGAUAUCCAAAUGGAGAACCCGGUAGGGGGCAACAGCAUUUUUCUGGUCUCCCCGCUCAUCAUCUGCCACGUGAUAGACAAGAACAGCCCUCUGUACGACGUGGCCCCAGACAAUCUUCACCACCACGAGGAUUUAGAAGUUAUUGUCAUCCUAGAAGGGGUGGUGGAAACCACUGGCAUCACCACUCAAGCCAGAACGUCCUACCUGGCUGACGAGAUCCUCUGGGGCCAACGGUUUGUGCCUAUAGUAACAGAAGAGGAUGGGCAGUAUUCCGUAGACUACUCCAAGUUUGGCAACACUCUGAAGGUGCCCACUCCUAACUGCACUGCUAGGCAACUGGAAGAAAACAGGAGCAUCCUGGACAGUAUCUCCUUGUCACCUAGGGGCACCAGUAGGAAAAGAUCUAUCAGGUUAAAGCCCAAAUUUAGCAUAGCUGAUGAGCCUUCCUGACAUACCAGGCUCUUGUAUCGGAGACAAUAAACAUACACUGAGAUUUCUGUUAUUCAGGUUGUGGUUCCCAAGGCAGGUAAGAUGUUGUUUGGUUCAAGAGGAACGGUGUAAUUUGGGACAUCUAAGGAAAACUGAGCAUGAAUCAUCUCUCUCUCUGACGUUAUUAGUUUGCAAAAACAGUUGGGGUGGAUAAACAAGCAAACUGAAAGAUGCAUUUUUCAGAAAUCAUUUUUUAUAUAUUGGGUUGUGUUAUUUAUGCUCCGGCAAUGCAUAGACUUGAUCUGAAGUUUUUAGCUGUUAUAUAGGGACAUCUCAGUUCCAAUACAGAAACAAGUUCUAUGGGCUUAAUAAGGAAGUAAGUUAUUAAUAUUUAUUAAUAAAUAUUCAGAGAAAAGCUGCAGACACAAGGGUGCCUGUACACUGCAGUGCUUUAUGUCUUAAAUAAUUAUUUAAUUUGAUCCAUAAAUAAUAUUGCAUGAUUUAUUUUAAUUACAAACUAAUUAGGAGGUGUGUAGUCUUGUGGAUACUCAUGAAUCUUCUUGUAGUUAACUUAAGUUCAAUUGGGGUUAAUUUCAUUCCAAAAAUAUUAGACAAUUGUAAGAGAUAGUGGGCUCCUUCUGGAAGAGCGGGAUAUAAAUUUAAUAAAUAAUAAUAAUAGUUGCAGAUGUGGUUUGCAAACAGGAACAAUUAAAUUUCUUAUUAUUACUCUGUCACAUCCAACCCCCAAAUCCUGCCAUUACACAAGGAUAAGCCUUACAUGCUUUUUAUUAGUGCUGCCUGCUACUGAAAUUGUAGGCACAUUCAGUUUGGCCCAGUUUGCAAUAAUUAAAAUAUGGAAUUAGAGUCUUCAUCUUCAUUCAAAUUCACAUUUAUCCUCCUAGCCUUCUGAAUAAGGAGAUUGUCAUUUGAAAAUAGUGGACAUUUUGUAUAAAAAGACUCUCUAAAAAGGUUCCUAAUGUAACAGGCAAUAAUGAUAUGAAAGCAGUAUAUUUUAAUGUUCAUUUAACUCAAACAAUAUUUGCCAAUGAAUAGGACUGGUUAAUAUGAUGGUAACACAGUUUUCUUGGCUGUAACAUAAACUUAAACCUCUGUCAUGUGACAUCAUCAACCACCUUGCAGUAAUGUUUCUAUUUUAAUAGACAAUACAAAAGAUAGCUGGUGUGGCAUAGUGGAUGUAGGAUUGGACUAGGACUGGGGAGACCAGGGUUCAAAUCUCCGCUCAGCCACUAAGCUCACUGGAUGACCUUGGGCCAGUAAUGCUGUCUCAGCCUCACCUACCUCAUAAUGUUGUUGCAAGGAUAAAAGGGAGGGGAGAACCAUUUGUAAGGCACUGAAUUCCUUAGAGGAAAGUCAGGAUAUAACCAAAAUGCAUAAAUUCAUGUUGCCUCUGAUUUGGUACUGAUUAAUGUCACACUUGCAGGGUAAUUUAGUGACUGCUAACAACAGAGAAAUCCCACUGAACCCAAUUGCAGUAUUUACCAUACCAAAAAUUAUAAUUCAACUGAAUUAAGAACCCAAGAUCACAAACUGAAUCAGUAACCACACUUAAAUUUGAACUAAUUUAAUUGAAUAGAUGCAAUGAAAUUAGAUUAACUUAUAUCCAAAUACUUCAAGGUUAUUUAAGUUAUUUGAUUUCUUGAUCAUAUUGAGGGUUUAUUUAUUUGUUUUAUUAAUUGAUAUACUUGCCAAAAUGGCUUUUAAGCAGUAGAAAAUCAAUUAUAAAAUACAUACAUAAUUAAGGGUGCAAUCCAAAUCAUAUGUAUGUACACCAGGCUGAGGGGAGGUGGCUACCGUGGAUCCCUGGCUAGGUCCCAGCUGUCAGCCGGGCUAUGCUGACAGAAGCCCCCUCCCCCCCCGGCACAGCUGUGGCGCCGCUUCAAGGCAGCCGACCCAACCUGGCUCAGUCAGGGAUCUGCUUGAGAAGCCCAGCCCGGCAUGGGGAAGAGGGUGGAAGCUGGCGCACGGGCCCAAAAAGGGGAUCUCCUGGGACAUGUUGGGGGGAGAGGCUGAGAGGGAGACUUGUAAUACAUCCAGGUCCGUUCGGCUCCCUCCCGCGGCCCUCCAUCCCAACAGCCAGUAAGCUGGGAAAAGGGGUGGCGGAAGGAAACAUGUAUUUUGUUUCCUCCUGCCGCCUCCUGCCAGCACAGCCAGCAUCCUUCUCUCCCAGAGGCUCUUGAACGGCACCUAGAUGUAGUGGCCCCUUCCACCAGCUUUGCCUCUGUCAGCUCUGCUCCCGCCAGUCUCCAAUAAGAUGGAUUGCUCUGCACACAUCCAUAAUUAAAAUAUACAGUAAAACAAGUCAGCUAAAAGCACACCAAAUAAAACAGUUAAAAACAAUUAAGUUGUGGAUCAACCAUGUAUUAAUCAAAAAGAUGAUGUUAUUUCAUCAAAUAAAACAGUGUAAGAAUAUGAACUGUAAUUCCAAAGAUAAAGUCUUAAUGCACGCAUAUGUUGUAAUACGUUUGAAUGCUUUUAAAUUCUCAUUACACAAAUAGAGCAUAGCUACACAAAGGCAAUAUUUUCUGCACUCUCUGCGCAAUAUUAUGCAUAAAACAGAAACAGUCUGUGGCAUGGAAUAAAGCAGCAUAACAAAGUUAAUGAUUUUAUUUCUAGAACAUAAAAAUAAAAAGCUAUAUUUAUUAAAAAUCAGUAGUGCUAAAAUGCCUACUAUUAGGAUCAUGUUGUUUAAUACAGCUGAGAAUUCUUUUGAUGUCUCACCUUUAUGGUUUGCUACAUCUGUGUAAUUUCUCCCAGGGAUAUAAGUGCUCUUAAUCUCCCAUAUGAUGCUGUCAUUUGUUACAAUCUGCCUUUACUUAUUGUUUAAUUGUAAAAAUGUCA